AGUCGGAUCAUUAGACAAGUGUCAAGUGGCGCGUGCGCAGUAGCCAGAGUUCCAGCCAAGACAGUUCCAGCAGUGACCAAACACCCCCACAGGCGUCCCCAACAUGAAGUGCUUUUUCGUUCUGGUAGCUGCCAGCUUGACGCUGAGCUCGGUCUGGGCCGAGGACACGGCGGCGCUAGAGCCGGCUGUGGAUGCCCCUCUGGCCGAUCAGGAUCAGGUGAGCGCGGCCAGCAACUAUGCCCCGCUGCAGGAGAAGAAGCAGGAGAAGCGCUAUGUUGGUGGUUACGGUGGAUACGGCGGCUAUUCUGGCUAUGGUGGUGGAGGCUACGGCAGCCCCCUGGGAGCUGGCUAUGGCGGCGCCUAUGGAGCGGCCGGCUAUGGCAGCGGUGUGGGCUUGGGCGCUGGCGCCGGACUGGGCGUCGACAGCUACUACAAUCCGUACAGCUCCCGGUCGCUUGGAGGCCUAGGUGAGGAUGGCUCUGCUGUUGCGGGCUAUGGAGGCUACGGCUCUGCCCUGGGUGGCUAUGGAUCGGCUUUGGGCGGCUACGGCUCCAGCCUGGGCGGCUACGGCUCCAGCCUGGGCGGCUACGGCUCCAGCCUGGGCGGCUACGGCUCCGGUCUGGGCGGCGUCGGCGUCGGCGGCUACGGCUCCUACAACUCAAAUCCCUAUGCGCUGUCAUCGUACUACAAUGGACGCGGCCUGGGCAGCGGCAUUGGCACCGGCACUGGUUAUCCCUACUACAACACACGAUUCGGAGCCGGCGGCUAUCCCUCCAGCUACUACACGAGCAACUACGGCAACAGCGUCGUGGGUGGCGGCCUGGGCGCACUGGCCGGUGGAGUGCCGCCCAUAGGCUCCGGCUACAACUACGGAGCGGGCAUCUCGGGCACUGUCUAUUAGGCUGGUCCCUCCCGGCACUCGACAUCCAUCCGCUCAUCCUCGCCCAACGCCCAACGUUUAACAUCUAAGCUUAGUGGAAUUUACUUUUUUUUUUUUUUCUUCAACUUUUUUUUCUAACUUAAUUUCUA